ACAGCCUCUUCACUGAACAUCACCUUCAUGAAGCUCGGAGACUCCUGCAGCCACACUCGUUAUUUAAGUCAACAUUGGACGCAUAUUUGGGGACUAUGAGAGUCUUAAUAGGAGGAGGAUCUGGCUUCGUGGGCCGUGAGCUGAUUCGCCUGCUCAGAAACAAAGGUCACGAGGUCACAGUGAUAUCUCGCCAGCCCGGUCCAGGGAAGAUAACAUGGGGUGAAUUAGAGUCUAGUGGCCUCCCACCGUGUGAAGGUGCCGUCAAUUUGGCCGGAGAGAAUCUCAUGAACCCACUGCGAUGGUGGAACGAAAGCUACAAGAAGGAUUUGUUUUCCAGUCGCAUCGACACUACAAAAACUCUCGCUCAAGCUAUCGCUGCUUCCUCCAGUCCUCCUCACUCCUGGGUCCUGGUCUCAGGUGUAGCGUGCUACGAGCCCAGUCUGACAGCUGAGUACACAGAAGACAGUGAAUGGUCACCGUUUGACCUCCUUUCUAGACUGGUGAAAGAGUGGGAGGCCUCCGCACUCCUGCCUGAGAAUGUGGCAAAAAACACCAAACAAGUGGUCAUCAGGCCGGGGGCAGUGCUGGGUCGUGACGGCGGUGCCAUGAAGCAAAUGCUGCUGCCCUUCUGGCUUGGCCUCGGGGGCACCCUGGGCUCCGGGACACAGCCUUUCCCCUGGAUCCACGUCUCAGAUCUAGCAGGGAUCAUCGCCCACGCCCUGGAGCCCCCUGCAGACACCCCUUCCCCUUCAGCACAGGUGUUAAAUGGAGUUUCACCCGCCCUGAACACCAACUACGAGUUCACUAAAGAACUGGGGCGGCUCCUGAGGCGGCCCACUAUAUUUCCUGUACCCGGCUUCGUUAUGAAUGCAUUCAUGGGCUCGGAGAGGGCUGUGGUCCUCACACAGGGCCAGAAAGUCAUACCCAAGAGGACUUUAGAGGCCGGAUUUCAGUACAAGUAUCCAGACUUGACCUCGGCCCUGAAAGAGAUCGUUGGGAGUUAACAGAUGUUGAAAUAAUGUGACUUAAAAGUUACUGUAAUUAUGUUUUCCUGUGUUACAAGAAUAUAAACGACAAUGAUAAGUCAAAUCCAUCUACUGGUUGAUGAUAUAAGUCCCAGAUUUCUCAGAUAUUAAUGAGUGCUUCAUAUCACAUAAAACCAUUUUCUAAAUUGGGUUUUAAAACCUGCAGAUGUUUUUUGCUGUUGUUUUUCAUACUUAGCUUUAAAAUAAAUCUGAGCACCAGAGAUGCAACAAACAAGGUGUGAUAGCAUUCUUGCAUACAUUUAGUAUCACAUUGUACAAGCUGGCUCAACA